AUGAGUGUAACCCGAACAAAUGUUUCCUUGGCCGUUUCAGACAAUGUUGCGAAUGAACUCCAGAUCCUCGAGCAUUUAGCCUCCGCGUUCAAAGUUCCCGCCUUCAAAAUGGCGAGAAAACGGUUAUGGUUCUUCCUGUCCCUGGCGUUACUGCUGCAUCUCGUCUAUCAACUGUUUACGCAACAGGGACCAGUGGACGCCGUCAGCUGUGAAGGGCAAGAGUGCAGUCCGUAUUCCCCCGCGGAUUCAAAGGGCAAUGCGAACGCCACCGGUGUUUAUGCGAACGGCUUGGCUACGACGCACGUUGCGCUGGAAGCUCUGUCGAGUUACGACCCCGAGCCUCGACAUGACUUUACAAAUAAAUUGACGGAAAACAAUUAUAUCGAUAAAAAUACCAUAAAGUUAUCGGAGAAAUCCGCCAAAAAGAUCGUUUUCUACACCAAGUUCUUCGGCGAUGACACCUGGGUCAAAAUGCUCGGCAACGGGACGGACCUCCGGGAACACCAGUGCCCCGUCAGCAACUGCGUCUUCUCCUACAACAUCUCCGAAGCCCCCGAGGCCGACGCCGUCCUCUUCCACGCCACCGACUACAACCCCUUCAACGUCCCGAAGACCAGGCACAGCCACCAGAGGUACGUGUGGGUGACCGUCGAGUCCCCGGGCGUGCAGGGCGGGGAGGACCGGGACGCCCACAACCUGCCCUUCUUUAACUGGACGGCCACCUACCACCGCGGGUCGGAGAUCUUCGUGCCGUACGGGUACCUCGUCCCGCUCGAAGGAAGCCCCGGCUCCCGUCGCCCCGGCAUACUCAACGCUCCGACCGAGACCUACAGAGCGUACCUGGCCGAACUGAGCAGCAAUUCGAGGCCUGGAAAGGCCGUGAGAGAGUGGUUCUUCGAUAGGCCUAAAGUCGUGUCUUGGAUGGUGUCCCAACUGCACUACUGCUUACCGCACGCGAGUGAACGUCGCGCUGGGUUACUAAUAUAA